CAAAAACCAGAUAUCUCAUCAAGAAAUAAGGAUUAAUACACAUUUUUAAUUUCAAUUGUCGGAACUGGCAAAAGGCCUUGUGUUUUAAUGUAACUACCGUUUUUUAUGCUUACAAUACUGCUUUUUACCAAAAUCAUGAAAAUGUAUAUUCAAACUAGCAGUAGCAGCCAAGUUUCUUAAGUCUUAACUAUGUGCAGUCCUAGUGAGUAAGAGUAGGCAAUAAUACCUAUUUGGCUAUUAGUACUGUACUCACUACUCAGUGUACUGACUGCUGUGCAUUACCAAUUUUCCUUAUAACCUUGGGCUUGAAUUUGAAUGCACAGUUCAUUUCAAAGUUUCGAACUUCCAACAUCAAUACUCAAUAGUUGAUAGUUCUCAGAGAACUUAGAAGUCAUGAGUAACAUUUAUAUUCAAGAGCCUCCUACAGAAGGAAAGGUCCUUCUGACUACUAGUGCUGGAGAGAUUGAAAUUGAACUGUGGUCCAAGGAGGCACCUUUAGCUUGUCGUAACUUUGUCCAGCUCUGCCUUGAAGGCUAUUACAACAAGACAGUUUUUCACCGUGUUAUUCCUGGCUUCAUUGUGCAAGGAGGAGAUCCUCUAGGUACUGGUGAAGGUGGAGCAAGUAUAUAUGGAAAGCCAUUCAAGGAUGAAUUCCACUCACGUCUCCGGUUUGUCAGGCGUGGUCUUGUGGCUAUGGCCAAUGCUGGAGCAAAUGAUAAUUCUUCCCAAUUCUUCUUCACUCUGGGGCCCUGCAAGGAACUCAAUAACAAGCACACAAUUUUUGGUAAGGUUGCUGGAGACACUUUGUACAAUUUACCACGUUUCGAAGAAGGAGAUAUUGGCAAGAAUGACCGACCAGUCUACCCUCACUCGAUUAUCAAGACUGAGGUGCUGUUAAAUCCCUUUCCUGACAUAGUUCCUAGGGAAACCAUAGCUAAUGAAAUCCCCAAAGAGGAAAGAAAGAAGAAGAAAAAAGGUGUCAAGAACUUUUCUUUGUUGUCAUUUGGAGGAGAAGCUGAAGAAGAUGAGGCUGAGGUUAUAUCAGCCACUAAAGCAAUAGGCGGGUCAGGAGGUUCGGAACCUUCGCUAGUUGAGGCACCUGGGAACUCCAAGGAGACCACCAACACCACACAGAAGAUUCUAGAUCGGUUACGACAGCUCUCUGAAGACUAUUCUAAGAGUAAAGAACUUGCAUUGAUGAACAAAACUGUCGCUAGUUCUGAUGACUGUGAUGAUGGAGAAGGUGCUAAAGAAAACCACCAUGGAAGUCAGAUGGAUACAACAGCUAGCAUUGAUCAGAAAAAUAAUGGAGAGUCUGACAGCCUAAAGGAAAAGAGAAAAGGGAAUAUCUCACACGAUGAAGAAUAUAAACGGAAAACGAAUCGUGAGAAGAAUAAUAAGGACCCUGAAUCUGAAAAAAGAAUUGAUAAACCCCUUAAGUCAAAACAUACAAAUGACAGUGAUAGGAUACGCGAAAAUGACCAGUCAGCAUCAAGUAAGGAAUUGAAGGAAGCAAAUGAAUUGGUUGAUGUUAGUGGCAUAAAACCUGACCUUUCAAAAGCUUCUGCAAAGAAUGAAGCUUCUCUACAAGAAAUGGAUGAAGAGAAGGCCAAAAAUGUAUCGGCCGUGCGAGCCGAGAUCAAGCAACUGAAGCGCGAGUUAAAGGGAAGAGACGGCAAGACAAGUGCGGUGCAGGAGUACCUGCAGCAAAAACAGAUGUUUAUGGACCAGAAGAAGAACUUUUCGAAGAAAAGAAGUGAAAGGGAAAACAUUACUAUGCUUUUAGUUGAAAAAUUCUCAAAGAAAGUCAAGACUGCCCAAGUCGCAGACGACGAUGACAGCAAAGCAGAAGAAAAGUUCAAAGGAGACGAUGAUGACGAGAAUGAAGACGGUGAUGGCUGGAUUCGCCACAAGAUGGUGUUCGAGGACAACGCCCCGGUGCUUGCUAAGGACGCCAGCACCAAAGACGACUCGUGGUACGCGCUCGACGACCCACGCCACCCCGUGAACAAGCGACGCCGGGGGGAGACUGUCGUCCCCUCACACCGAUGAGGGUUUCAUGAUGCCAUUAUCUUCUUGUAUCUUGGAUGCCGAUUAUUGACAUCUACUUAGCUCUAAGAGUUCGCUAGUAAUUAUCAGUGCUUCAAUUGUUUUGCCAUCCAGUUUUUAAUGGAAUCUACGCAGCUCUAAGUUUGCGUAUAAUUGCUAGUGCUCCAAUCGUAGGACAAUUUAAUGUUUCCCACUAGAAUAGAGUUUAUAGUUCCAUGAACCUCUAUUAUUCUGCCUGCAAUUAGCAGCUCACCUAUUCUUAACAAAAAAUUACAUCCACUGACAGACAUUUCAAUCAUAUCACUUAUUGGGAUUGUGAGCCAGUAGCCUCCUGGCGUUUGUUUGAUCUCAUGUUUUGUUAUGUUGCCCCUAUAUAUUUGUUGAACACUAGCAGGCCUUUUUAUUUAAUUAUGAGGUUAGCUGUUCUGUUAAUUAUGGAGGACAGUACCUCUAGGAAAGUCUUUUCCAGAUAAAUUGAGAUAAUACACCGUAUGUUCCAUGAACGUUAAACUAUCCAUUAGGCUUUCAUCCAUACAAUUCUGCGUUAUGUGUAGAGAGAUUAAAUUUAUCGUUUUUGUAGCAGAAGCUGAUGCUCUUAUGCAUAGAAUGUUCAUAAGACUACUGUACCCUGCCUGCCUCAUGUGCUUGGCGGUGAUCAAGGUCCUCAUGAUCUUAAUUAAUCUCAUGCAUUCUUUAUGUCAGUCAUAAACAGUAAAUUUUAUGUUUUAAAUAUGAUUUAUGCUUUUUUAUGGAUGCUACAUUGACCGUUUCUAACGUAUUCGUUUGAAAACUAUUCAGUGUUAACUAGAGCCAAAAAUAUGGCUGGGAAUGUUUUUGAAACAUAAAACGACUAGUAAAUUGACAAAAUCAUAAAUACAUCUUGUUUAAUUAGUAAAUUCUAAUCAUGGACAGUAUUUUAAUACCAACAACAAUAAUGACAUAUUUUGUAAAUCCGCAACACAAAUUAUUGAGAAUAUGGUUUUAAAAAUGCAAGCCCCACUCCUUGAUCCAGCCCAGCGAAGAUUCUGAGGUGACGGAUGGCUUAUACUCGCACCCUAUGUGCCCUCUGUAUCCUGCAACGAAAUAUAAACGUCAUGUAACUUAUAUUCUUGAACUUGUCUAUUCCUAACUUAACAUGUGUAUUCUAACAAUAGCGUUUAGUAAAAUUUUGGAACAAGGUUUGUUACAA